AUGGGGAAGAAACGGGUUAUGUUGCCGGCGAGUGAAGUUGACUUGGCGGAAGUGAAAUACAAGCAGGAACUAGUCCAAGCUCCUCAUUUGACGAGGUUUAUGCUCAAGUUAUUUAUCAAAUUAACUGAAGCUCCAUUCAUCGGUUCUUUCAUCAUCUCUCAAUUGAAAAAGCAUAAUAAAAUGACUGAGAUGUUGCAGAAUACAGUGAUACCGGAGACACCCAUGUUUAGACCCGAGUUCCUACCUCAAGAGCCGGAAAGUGGUGUUGUUCCAGUGGAGGAAGGUGGAAAAUCAGAAGAGAGAGUGGAGUUAGCCUUGAAGUGUCUUCCACAUCAUGAUCCUGCCAGCACUUGGACUGUUCAAGUCUCAUCCUUCCGCUAUUGGAAGAUUCGUGAUUAUGCGUAUGCUUACAGGUCCAAGCUUGCAACCCCUUCAAUGGUUGCAGAGAGAUUCAUCUCAGCUAUGGAGGAAUUCGAUAACAAGAAGCCACCGGCACCACUAUUGAUUUCUUUUGAUGCCGAGGAAGUAAGAAUGCAAGCAGUAGCUUCCACACAAAGGUUUGAGGAAGGUGGAACAACAUGGAUGCAUGAGGUUCGCCCUGUUAAAAACGACGCAGUUUGUGUAUCAAGGUUACGUAGCUGCGGUGUGAUUCUCGUUGGAAAAGCAAAUAUGCAUGAAUUGGGUCUCGGAACAACCGGAAAGAACCCAAAUUAUGGCACAACAAGAAACCCACAUGCUCCAGAAAGGUAUACAGGUGGGUCUUCCUCGGGCGCAGCAGCAAUUGUGGCUUCUGGACUCUGUUCAGCUGCUUUAGGAACAGACGGCGGAGGUUGUACAAUUACAACUCAUGAGGCUUCAGAAUGA